AAUAAUUUUAAUUCAAAGGCAUUCUCUGCAGAGGGACUCCAGGAAGGCAAAAACAUUCUCAGAUCUGAUCCAUCUCUCUGCAAAAUCUUCAAAUCAACAUGUCUUCAACGUUUAGUGGCGAUGAAACUGCUCCUUUCUUCGGCUUCCUUGGCGCUGCUGCUGCCCUCGUCUUCUCCUGUAUGGGAGCUGCAUAUGGAACAGCGAAAAGUGGAGUAGGUGUGGCGUCGAUGGGUGUGAUGAGGCCAGAAUUGGUGAUGAAGUCUAUUGUGCCGGUGGUCAUGGCUGGCGUGUUGGGUAUUUACGGUUUGAUUAUUGCUGUUAUUAUUAGUACUGGGAUUAACCCCAAGGCUAAAUCUUAUUACCUUUUUGAUGGCUACGCCCAUCUCUCUUCCGGUCUCGCUUGUGGCCUUGCUGGUUUAUCUGCUGGUAUGGCGAUCGGGAUCGUCGGUGAUGCUGGUGUUAGAGCCAAUGCACAACAGCCAAAGCUUUUUGUAGGGAUGAUUCUCAUUCUCAUUUUCGCUGAAGCUCUGGCCUUGUAUGGUCUCAUUGUUGGCAUCAUUCUCUCUUCCCGAGCUGGUCAGUCAAGAGCUGAUUAAAAUAGAGCUUGUGUUUUGCUUACUGGUGUGGUGGAAAUGUUAUCAAUUUUUUUAAAACGUAUUGUUUCUGUUUGUGAUUAUUCUACCGGACAGAUUGGAUGACCGUUGAAACUGGUGGUAGAAUGUAGAAGUAGAAAUUAGUUUCUUCAGUUAAUAAAUUAUGUUAUCAUUGUUUAAUGUUGAAAUACUUUGCUUUUUGUGGUUUCAUUCCUAAUAUUCAUAGAAUGUUGCCUUCAA